UUCAUCGCUUGAAUAAAGGAAUGGAAGUCCAGCACUCGAAGCUCGGGAAAAAUGGCCUCCUUGGCGCCCAAGGUCAUCGUUACCAAUCGUUUUCCUGCAAAUGCAGGGGCACCAACAAAAUUUUUCGUCUGCAAAUCCGAAAAUGGAGGCCUCUUGGUCUACCCGAAAAGGCUUAUGACUAAGAGGCUGCAUGCUGUUGGAAUAGCAGAAGUGGAGCCUGACCUUGUUGAAGAAAAACAAGACCGAUGGGAGACUAACAGCAUCAGUGGGGAGGAUUUCAAGUACGGCGAAUACGACGAUCACCAUACAUACUUUGAAGGCCAAGAAGAAAAGAUGUCAUUCUGGGAAGCAGUUAAAUAUGACUAUGAAGCAGCAGAACCUCCCUCAGGCUUUCAGGGGCUAAUGUCAUGGCUUUUUCUUCCUGCUGUACUGGCUGGCAUGGUCUAUCAUGUUCAGGGGGAAUAUCUAUACAUUGGUGCAGCUGUUUUUGUAGCGAUAUUCUGUGGCAUUGAAAUGGGUAAACCGGACAAGCCCCACAACUUUGAGCCACAGAUCUACAACAUGGAAAGAGGAGCUAGAGACAAGCUGAUAGCUGAUUAUAACACGAUGGAUAUAUGGGACUUCAAUGAGAAGUAUGGAGAUCUGUGGGACUUCACUCUUGAGAAUGAGAAACAAUGAUCAUGCUUGUUGGGGUUGGGAGACGAGCUAAGCCAGUACCUUCAAAUGCGACUAGAAACUUGCCUCUCUAAAAGAGAUUGGUUUGUCAUCGUCAUCAUCAUAACUUGACAGCAAUGUGCUUCACCAGUCACUACUCCAUCCCUUCCUGCUUAAAGUGACGCCUACGUUGGCUUGUAUGGAUAUUGGUUGUCUUACAUUAAUGAUAUACCUUUCCGUUUCCAA